AUGUAUUGUACACAGUCCUUUGACUCACUAGAAAAAAGCAAUAGUGAUCUACUGCACUGCCGCAUGGAGAACAGAGACUUAAAAGCAAAAAUGAAAAUACAACAUGAAUAUGUAAGACGACUUGAAGAGGAGAGAGCAAGUCUUGUGAUAACAAUUAACUUGCUCAUACGAGACCAAAGUGCUUCCGUUGCUGAAAAAAAUUCAAUUGAUUGCGAAAUUCAACGCGUAAACAACGACGAAAAUAAAAACAAAAAAAAUAAGAAGAAGAACAAUAACAAAGACAAACAAACCAUUGAUACUGCUGAUAAAGUAAAAGUCCAACAAGAUAAAUCGCAGGACGAUGAAAAUUCAAUCUUUACGGAAACCGGUGUUGGUCGUAACGACGAGAAUCGACCAAAUACAGUCAUAAUGGGAGACUCGAUUAUUUCCAAAUUGGCUGAAUGGAAAAUGUCUGACAAAUAG